CAUAUCUCUGUUUUGUCCUGGGGGCAUAUCUUGUUCUGCACCUGGGGGCAAAUCUCUGUUCUGCACCUGGGGGCAAAUCUCUGUUCUGCACCUGGGGGCAGAUGAUCAGUUCUGCCCCUGGGGGCAUAUCUCUGUUCUGCACCUGGGGGCAUAUCUCUGUUCUGCCCCUGGGGGCAUAUCUUGUUCUGCACCUGGGGGCAUAUCUCAGUUCUGCCCCUGGGGGCAGAUGAUCAGUUCUGCCCCUGGGGGCAUAUCUCUGUUCUGCACCUGGGGGCAUAUCUCUUUCUGCCCCUGGGGGCAUAUCUCAGUUUUGCACCUGGGGGCAUAUCUCAGUUCUGCCCCUGGGGGCAUAUCUCAGUUCUGCACCUGGGGGCAUAUCUUCUAUUGCACCUGGGGGCAUAUCUUGUUCUGCACCUGGGGGCAGAUGAUCAGUUCUGCCCCUGGGGGCAUAUCUCAGUUUUGCACCUGGGGGCAUAUCUCAGUUCUGCCCCUGGGGGCAUAUCUCUGUUCUGCACCUGGGGGCAUAUCUUGUUUUGCCCCUGGGGGCAUAUCUUCUUUUGCACCUGGGGGCAUAUCUCUGUUCUGCACCUGGGGGCAGAUGAUCAGUUCUGCACCUGGGGGCAUAUCUCAGUUCUGCACCUGGGGGCAUAUCUUCUAUUGCACCUGGGGGCAUAUCUUGUUCUGCACCUGGGGGCAGAUGAUCAGUUCUGCCCCUGGGGGCAUAUCUCAGUUUUGCACCUGGGGGCAUAUCUCAGUUCUGCCCCUGGGGGCAUAUCUCUGUUCUGCACCUGGGGGCAUAUCUUGUUUUGCCCCUGGGGGCAUAUCUUCUUUUGCACCUGGGGGCAUAUCUCUGUUCUGCACCUGGGGGCAGAUGAUCAGUUCUGCACCUGGGGGCAUAUCUUGUUUUGCCCCUGGGGGCAUAUCUUCUUUUGCACCUGGGGGCAGAUGAUCAGUUCUGCACCUGGGGGCAUAUCUUGUUCUGCACCUGGGGGCAUAUCUUGUUC